CGUAGACGGUUGAGGGCAAAGGAUGGGGGCGGAGGCCAUGGCGGAGGAGGGCGGCUGGGGCACGUGGGAGGAGCUAAUAUUGGGUGGCGCUGUUUUGCGGCACGGCACGAAAGACUGGAACGUCGUCGCUUUGGAGGUUCGAACACGCACCCUUUGUCCGUACACCUUUACUCCACAGGCUUGUAAAGCAAGGUACGAGGACCUAAAAAAGCGUUACUCUGGCUCCAAGGCUUGGUUUGAAGAGCUGAAAAAACGGCGAGUGGCACAGUUGAAGCAAGAACUGGCAAAAUCUGAAGAUUCAAUAGGGUCUCUCGAGUCAAAAAUCAAAUCUCUGGAGGGCGAAAAGCAACACUCCAAUCAGGUUGACUAUGGUUCGAGCGAGACUGAGUCGCCUCUACCUGCUUUAGAUUCCGAAGCCACGGAAUCUUUUGUAAGAGAGACAUCAAAUGAUCAAAACUCUGCUGGCAGUUUCACUAAGGACACGAGUACGAGGGGAAAUUGGUUAUGCGAACCUCAGAAUAUUCAAACAGUGGGGCCCACCACUUCUGUUUCGGAUAAAGAUUCGAGCAUCAAGAAUUUGGGAGAUGCUAAUUAUGGGCAUGGUGUGAUUAUGAAGAAGAGAAGAGGACAGAGAAAGAGAAAGGACUGUAAUAAUAAUUAUAAUAAUAGUAAUCGGGCUAUUAUAGAACGAAGCGUGUGCGAAAGUGACAACAACUUAGGUUCUUCUUCCAACGUUGUUUCUACUCCACAGAAGGAAACUUCGACGAAUGAUAAUUGUGGUCCGAUUGUUAGAGAAUCUUAUAAAGAUUCUUGCACCAUUAAAAGAGAAGACAGUUUGAUUGAAAUAUUCAAAUCCGUGGCUCAGAGUGAACCAGCUGCAGUUUUCAGACAUCGAAUGGACAGUCAGAAACGAGCAAGAUACAGGAGAGUGAUCAAGCAACACAUGGACAUAGGUACAAUAAAAUCCAGAAUUGUGGGCCAAUCGAUAAAGUCUGCUAAGGAGCUGUUUCGAGACUUGCUUCUAUUAGCAAACAAUGCACUUGUGUUCUACUCGAGAAGAACUCGAGAGUAUAAAUCGGCUCUCUCUCUGAGGAAUAUAGUCAUGAGAGAGUACAAGCUUUACUGCACGGGGUACUACUGCCACGAGGCCACGUCAGCUUUUAUCCCGUGUAACCCUCCGGUGAAGCCUCGGACUGUUAGACCUCGGCCAUGCAAAGAUAAGGCCUUGGAGAAAAUUAAGGAUGACGAAAAUGCCCUUGUUGCUGCUAAUGAAGAGGGAUUGAGAAAACAAUGUGAUGUUGAUCAUUCUAAAGUUUUGAAUCAUGAUUCUUUGUUGAAGGGUAAGAAAGGAAUUAAGCGACCGAUGAAGGUGAAACCUGAAUUAGAUAAUCGACCGAGUAAGGCUACUUCCGUAAAACCAAGGAAACGAGUUCGAAGGUGAUUCCGUUUUUUUUUUAAUCACCAUUUUUUUGUACAGAUUUGUUUUUAAAUAGUAGUUGAACAAUCAUUAAAUCAGUUGGCGCGCAUUUUAUUGGUGCAGCUAGCCAAAUUUGAUUUAUGAUGUUUCCUAUGUAUGUAUAUGUAUAAACUAUGUAUAAUAUUAAAAGAGUGAAAAAAAAAAGAAAGAUGUUUUCCUAUGCACAAUUUCCUUUUUUCUAUUUUAUUUAUGUACAGUAUUAUUUUUCUGGAUGUGAAAUGAUUUGUUGAGUUAAUUUCCAGAUAGGA